AUGGAAGAUAAGUCGUACAGUGUUGAUAGUUCGGACGAUAUCAAUAUCGACGAAGAAGAAGAACAUAUUGAGGAUAAUCAUAGUUAUCCACCAGACUUUCCGAUAGAAGCUUUGGUAAAGCUUGAACGGCCAUCACCCCCUUUGCCAACACCACCGCAUACGCCCACGGACGACACGCCCCCUGCCAUCGUUAUCUCGCGCCACCAACCUUGGAUUCCACCCGCACCCCAACCUUACCAAUACCCCCGACCAACCAUGCAGACACCCUACCCCUACGAUAAAGUUGCAGUCCAAAACUACACCCACCCUGCGAUGUCCGCAUACGUACAGGCGCAAGCUGCGCAAGUCGCGACGCUCCCUCCGUCGGCACCGUACCACGCGAUGCUUGUAAAUCAAUGGAUUAGGAAUGCAGCUUUCUAUCACCACUCACUGAGAUAUCCCGGCGCAAUGGCUCAAAGGUUACCGGGAAGAAACCCACCACCAAUGCGAGCACCAGGAGUACCUGGUACAAGACCUAAAAAGCAAUUUAUUUGCAAAUACUGCAACCGCCAAUUCACGAAGUCUUACAAUCUUCUCAUCCAUGAAAGGACGCACACAGACGAGAGACCCUACUCGUGUGACAUUUGCGGUAAAGCUUUCCGCCGGCAAGACCACCUCAGAGAUCAUAGGUACAUACAUUCGAAGGAGAAGCCUUUUAAAUGCACGGAAUGUGGAAAAGGAUUCUGCCAAUCGAGAACGCUGGCUGUGCACAAAAUUUUGCACAUGGAAGAAUCUCCUCAUAAGUGUCCAGUCUGUAAUAAGAGUUUCAACCAAAGAUCAAACUUAAAAACACACCUUUUAACCCAUAGCGACGCAAAUAAACACCACUUGGAGCACUUAGAGGGUUGUCAAGAAGUUUCCUCGACAAGCCAGUCUGAGAGUUCUUUGUUAGAUCUCUCGCACAAGCCCUCUCCACCAUUACCGCAAUCAAUCCAACCUCUUGUGAGCCCUCAUCAAUCUCCCGUCGAGGGCCCCAAGCGGACUUUAGGCUUUUCAAUAGAGGACAUUAUGAAACGUUAA